UCACGGCAAUAACAAUACAUAUACAGCUAAUCUUUUUUGACAGAAGCGUACAGAAGAUAAAAAUGUUAUUUGUUAAUAAUUUUUUUGUAAAUAUUUGUUAAAUGAGCAAUUGUAGAAUGUGAUCAAAAUGGGUGGUUGCAUAGGAAUAACUAGAAGUGGUAGCGGACCCAUAGAGGAGUCUUCAGCUACCGUGUCUCGGCCUAAUUCAGGUGGCCUGAGGAAGAAUCAGUCGUUGUGCCACGAGACCAUAAGAUGGAAAUCAGAUGUGCCAUUGACAGAAGGACAGUUACGUAGCAAAAGGGAUGAGUUUUGGGACACAGCGCCGGCGUUUGAAGGACGUAAGGAGAUCUGGGAUGCGCUGCGGGCGGCCGCCGUCGCCGCUGAAGCCAUGGACUUCCAGCUAGCCCAGGCGAUACUGGACGGCGCCAGUGUGUCCGUGCCGAACGGCUACCUCACUGAGUGCUAUGACGAAUGGGGAACAAGAUAUCAGGUACCAAUAUACUGCUUAUCACCACCUAUAAACAUGGUGAAGGAAGCCAGUGGACGGGACUCGCCGGCCGAGUGGUCAGAACCCGUGGAGGGCGGCACGGAGGUGUCGCUGCGCCUGCGCCUGUCCAACACGUGCAAGGACGUGGAUCUAGCAGUGUACUCCCGACACACUGUCGCGCAGUGCAAGAAUAAGUUACAUGCUCAAGAGAACAUCGAACCGUGGCGCCAGCGCUGGUUCUACGGCGGCAAGCUGCUCGGAGACCGGCUGCUCAUCGAGGAGGCGAAGAUCACGGCCGGCUACAUCGUCCAGGUCAUUGUCAGCACCGACCCGCAGCCGCCGAGCUAGUCGCCCCAUCUCACACAGUCUUUGUGGUAUCUUUGCAUUUUAUUUAUUCAAUUCUUUCUCUAACUUUGAGGAAAAGGGGGGUUUAGGAGUGCUGUUGAUGACGCGAAUAUAAUACAUUUAAAUAAAACUACUUUUACGGAUUUUAUCGCGAUUAUAUUAAUAUUAUUUAAUCCCGACGUUUCGGAUCCUUUACAGCAUCCAAGGUCACGGACAGACUCUGUAAAGGAUCCGAAAUGUAAAAGUAGUUUUAUUUAAGCAAGUGCUGUUGUUAGGUGAAGUUAAAGAUGAAGGACAAUAGGAUGCAUUCAAUCGUUUUUCUAUAUGAAAACAUUUCCCUUUUUCCGUGAAUUGAUGAUUUUCCCAAACAGCACUGGCGAUUGUAACUGGUUUGGACUGAUGAUGCAAUGAUGACUGAUACGAAGGGAUCAAUAGUCCCUUCGCAGGGAAUGUUAAGAAGCCUCAUGUAAUUGCACUUUCUUACUUGUAGUUUUAAUUUGUUGUCCCUUUAUUCGAUGUCUAUUUUAUUUUAUACGUAAGUUUCGAGCCACACUCUUUUUGUGAAAACUACACAAGCGAUUAUCGCGCCCUCUAUCAUUUCAUGAAAGUGAUUUAUUCAUCGUCUCAAUAUGAUUUUCUUGUUAUGAUCAACCUCAUAAUGUCAUUAUAAUGUGCUAGGUAUCUUAAGAUUUUCUUGCACAAGCAUUAUACCAUGGAAUUUUUACAAAAUGCCCCAGUGAACGUAAAAUUGGAUGGAUACGUGCAAAAUAUCACAAAGACGCCACAGAGAACCAGAGAAACAUAAUCCACGUAAUAAAUGUUUUGUAAAGUAAUGGACACGUAGGUUUAUGUCCUAAUGAGAUGGCCCCUAACUUAUGCAGAGAAAAUCAAUAAUAGUAGCCAGAAAUAAAUACAAUUUAAAACUCGACAAUCGUCGAUCUACUAGUAAAUUCAUAAUAUUUUGCAUCUUUCCAGAACAACUUCAUAAUUUUAGAAAUGAUAUAAUACUUAUUGUAUAUGUUGGGGGCCAUGUAACAAUUUAUCGGUUUAUUUCCAUGCGCUCCAAAAGUACAAACAACAAGAGGAUUUUGAUCAAUAUUUUGGAGCUCAUGGGAAUAUUUCGUUAUGUAAUAACUCGUGCACUCGACAAUAGACCUUGUGCCGAGUGGUGAGUGUCCACGUUUGAUUACCUGUACGCUUUCUAUGGGUGUCGCCUUGUAUCAUACAUUCUACUCGAUCGGUCGCCCAUACAACAUGAACCAAUUAAUAUAGAAAACAUUGUGUUUAAAAAUAUAUAUACAGGUUAUAUAACUAUUUGGUGUUGAAAAUAUAUCUCGGGUACAUGUUCUAUGGACGAUCUCAUACUUAUAAUUUGUACUAGAUUCGUAUAAAAUUGUUUAUAUUUAUAUAAAAUGCCCCAAUUGUAGUGAUUAAUAUAUAAUAUGUAUAUUGCAGUGAGAACGAUACUCUAAGGCUGUACGAUGGUUAUUACGAUACACACAUACAUGUGGAAAUUUUAUCGUAGUAUGUAUGUAUAUGUAUCGAGGAAAAUAUUAUAGUAAAUAUAUAUUAUAUCGUCUGGAAUUAAUGUAUGCGAUAAAAUAGUUUUACCAUUUAAUUAGAAUAAAAACAAAUUAAGAAACUUUAUGUUAAUAUCCAAACUGAAGUUAGUGUUGUAUUUAAUAGAAUUCAUACCCGACAAUAACACGGCUCAGAUGCUUUGAGCGAGCACGGCAUCUCGUAACAUUAUUUAUUGAAUUAUUGCAUACUUGUUAAGGCCUCAUCUCACUGUUAUUUACUUAUAAUCGCGUUGCGUUGCUCGCAAACGAUAUUUUUUAAAUUAAACCUCUUACAAUUCUCGUGCAAUGCCUGUGGGAUGUCACCUUAACACUACAAUCGACUAUUAUUUAUAAAAUUACCUAUUUAUAUUAAAUGACUGCAAGAAUAUUAUUUAAUAAGGAGCUUAUAUACCUGAUUUUUUCUAAUGUUUGUUCGGUGUAUAUUUAAUGUUGAUUGGCUGACCGUGUGCCAUGCUUUUAAUGAGAACCAAUUUUGAAUAUCGCUUAAGAAAGGUCCAAACAAUGCUAUACAUACUUUAUUGUGCACUAUAUAACAUAGUUUUACAAAAUUAAUAUCUUUACUUGUCCUUUUUUCCUAGGCUUGUAUACAGACUUGUCGUAACACAAGUUAUCGAUAUUUUGUAAGGAGGCAUAAAAUGUAAUAAUACAUUUGAACACAAGUAUUAUUCUGCCAUUACGUAAAUACAGCGACUGCCAUCUAUUGUGAUGUUGAGUUUCUAAACACACUGAAUUAGCAUUAUUAUAAUAUAUAAUAUUGUUUAUUUUGAAUGUUUUAAUCGAACGCUAGAUGUUAAUUUUGCAUUGUAAACUCAAUUUGGUGUUAUAUAUUUAAAUUGCUUGAGCAACUAAUGAGGCUGCCUCGCGAGGCAAUAGAAUUAAAACGUCUCUUAUUUAACAAGGCACAAAGGUAUGGCUCAAGGAACAAGAUGUAUUAUUUUUAAUGCCUCGCGUUAUUGCCUCACAUAUCAAAAGGCUGCCUCGAUUCGUUGCUGUUUGAACUACGUGGCAAUGUUAUGUCAAAACUGCGUAAAUGUUAGAUUCGCACACGAGUUAAUGGAAGCAAAAUUUAUGAUGUUGUUAGUGAUUUGUGAAAUGUAUUCUUAUAAAAGAAAUUAUUAAGAUAAGUUUCGGUUUAAAUUAUAUUUUGUUACGAUUGUGUAAGUGUACGGGACGUGUAGGUAAACAAAUGAAUCUUUGAUGUUAACUUAUCCUACUCCAAUAUGUUUUACUAUAUCAUCUGGCAUGUAUCACGAUUAUUUUCAUAGAAAUAUCGAAUCAAUAUCGAUUCUUUAUUCAGGAUAAAAUCGUAGUACAACCCAGAACAACAUAUUAUUUAGUUAUAAAAUUAAAUUAGUUAUUUUCUAUAAUAAAUGGCCUUAAAUGAUACUCAAUUUGACUCCGAGUGAAGUAAGACAAAAUAUACAAAAUGCGUACUUAUUGUGGUAUUCAGAAAAUUAUUUUUGACUUUCGCUAAGAAGUUUUUUAUAUCGAUUUCUCUUACAUUCACUAUUGUGUUUAAGCAAGUUAUCUGUCUCACUGGUUUUGUUCUCAUUGUGAUGAGAAAACGAUCUAUUUGUUUUUGUCUUUUGUAAAAUAAUCGCAAAUCGUGCGUAGCUGUAAACCACGCUUAUUUGUAUAUGGUAAAUAUCACCUUUGUUUGAACAUUGGCCUAAAGCCUCACUGCAGACAAUAUUCUCUCACAUAUCGGACUCAACAGAUAUUAUGAUAACCUUAUUUUUGUAUCUAUCGAUAAAUUGUACCGCACUAUUGUCGAUAAAUUGGGACUAUCGAUGUUGUAAUAUACCAAUGUUGUUUUAGAUCCAGUAGUGAUAUUGAGUAGCCUCAGCAGCAUUUAUUUAUAAUUCGGAAUAUGUCUUGAUUAUAGUUUUUUUUAUCGAAAUUAUAGAUAUGGCGAUAUAGGUUAUAGAGAUAUUGAAAUAAAAUGUUUGCACUUACGAUUUAAAUGUACUUAUAGCAUCAAUUGAAAAUAUCAUACGGAUGGAAUAUAAUAAUUUAAACUUCAAAUAUAAUAAUAUAAAUAAAUUGUGGAAAUCAUUGUUGUAGGCUCACUAUUAAAACAGUAAUUUAAAUCGUAACUGCAACGUAUAUACGUUAUAUUUCUAAAUUGUAAUAAGAGGAUUAUAACAUUCUAGUACUAACUUAUUAGGUUAGCUUUAGUAUUUAUACAUAAUUAUUUAAUAGUUAAAUUGGGAAGAGGCUCGAGAUAUUAUUUAGUUUUACAGUGGUUACUCUGCAAGCAUUACAAAUACACGUUUUCUUUACUAUAUUGUUUUAUAAAAUAUUUGUAAUAGUGAAAGUAAUCUUGUUUAAGGGCUUAUUACAUUUGACUAAAUUCAGUCGUCUAAAUAGCUUUGUCUAAUUAGGUUUCUAAAUGAUUUAAUGAAAACUACCUUCCUAAAUGCGAUUACAUUUGACUGAAUUUAGUGACUGAAUCAUUUAGACGACUGAAUUUAGUCAAGUGUAAUAAGCCCUUUAUAUAGUUUUAAAUAUUUAUAAUUGGUUUGAAAAAUAGAUCUUUGCAUACAUAUGAUAUUUAAAUAAAAUGUUGCAGAGUCACCACUGUCCCUUGUCAUAAUUGAUAUUUUCAAAAUAAAUCGUUUUUAUAAUAGAGAAUUCUAACAAUACGUUCAUGUAACUUGUGCACGCUAAACUCUACUUUAUGUAAAGGUAUUAAUGUCUAUAUUUAAUCGUUCACUACUUCUGUUCAUGCGAGUUAACGCUAGAACUACAUUGGCUUAUUAUAAACCAUCUAUUUGUGACACCGCUCCGCCUAAUCAAAAAUGUCUCUACACUCUGGAGUUCUAGAAUUAACGCGAAAUAGUAAAAUUGCCAGUGAAAAAAAGUAUUUGUUAUCUGUGAACAAUUCCUCCUGUGUUACCAUUCAACAAUAAAUAUUAGUGCUGCCUCACUUUACGCUACUAGUUUUUCAGUUAAUUUAGGUUACAAAUUGCAGUCGGCCAUAGCUAGUUAUACAAUAGUCAUACGGUCUAAAGAUGAUUGAUUUCGGACUAAGGAAUUAUGUGUGGUGCUACCAUUUUGUUUUCACUGAAGGACUUAUUUCAUGACGAUGUUUGGCUGCGAAAGUAAUUUUAGAAUUUUAAGAUUUUCUUAAGUAAGAGUUACUUUCAUAGCCAAAUAUUCAGUACUAUACUGAUAUGCUAUGAGAUAGAUCCGCCAUAAAUGAUUUCUCAAAACUAAAUGUUAUAUCUAACAGAUACGGGUAAUGUCCAAAAUUGUAAACUUUAUUCAAAUGUCAUACUCACAUCUUUACAUGUUUUCUCUUUUAUUUAUAUCUUAGCACUUUACUUGUUAAGUGUACAGUCGCCGCCACAUUUGUUAUUUUUGCUGCUGACUGUACUUACACUCUGAAAUGUACCGUAAGCAAUAAAAUUUAUUUACGUAUGCAAAAUAUUGAAGAAACAUUUAUUUGAUUAAAAUAUUCUCCCUAGAGCGUAAUUCCUUGAUGUAUUUGCUUAUGUUUUAGAUUUAUUGUGUGUGUUAAUGUCGCACUAAAUUCGCUCAAUAAUUUUCAAAUUAUUAUUUUUGUAGUUUACGAUCAAUGUUAUUAACUUUUUUUACUAGACGCUAGAUGGCGUCUUUAUCAUACAUUUAUUCGCCAUUGUUUUCAUUUAAAUAUUUUUUGUUCCAAUUGUAAUAAUCAAAACGUAGAGAAGAAAUAAGUAGUUAUAUCAAAUUGUCCAUCUGUUGCCCUUAAGCGGGUGACGCUAAUAUAAUAUUAGAAGCACAAUAUAAUAUAUCAAAAUUGAUGUGGGUUUGACGAGAGCGCAGUUUGGUUCAUGCCUGUUAUUACAAGUAUGUAGAUAGAUAGAUGAUAUGAAAUAACAAAUUCACUGCGUGUAUCGUAUAGCUAUACCCGAAUUGUAUAUUUUGAUGAUCGCCGGACCGCGUUCUACAUCCGCAACUUGUCUACACACAGUUUUGUACAUAAAACAGUUUUUCAGUGUGUAAGCAAUAUUAGCAUUUUAAAUUUUCAAAUAAAAACACUUUGUGAAUAACA